CCAGCUUUCUCCCUUUGAGCUCACAUCCACAGAACAAAAAGGAUGGCCUCGGCGAUUAUUCCAUCGCUCAGGCUAAGGCCCAGCUUCUCUACCGCCACGUCACUAUCGUCAUCCUCUUCCUCAGGCGACGUCAAACCCCGUCCCGCUGUCAUUCUCCCGGGUUUAGGCAACAAUUCAGGAGACUACAAGAAGCUGGAGGUAACACUGGGUGAGUACGGUGUUCCUUCAGUGGUUGCAGCUGUAUCAAGGCUCGAUUGGUUUAGAAAUGCAGCCGGUUUGGUUGAUCCUGCCUACUGGCGCGGCACUCUACGCCCUCGUCCUGUUCUUGAUUGGUAUUUGAAAAGAAUAGACGAUGCCGUCCGUGAAGCCAAUGAGUUAGCCCAAGGUAAAGGAUUGUCUUUGAUUGGACACUCGGCUGGAGGAUGGCUUGCUCGAGUUUACAUGGAAGAAUACGGAAACGCUGAUAUCUCCUUGUUGCUUACACUUGGUACGCCUCACUUACCACCACCGAGAGGACUAUCAGGGGUUAUUGAUCAAACAAGAGGUCUUCUUUAUUAUGUCGAAGAGAAUUGUGCGAAAGCUGUUUAUACCCCUGAGCUGAGAUAUGUCUGCAUUGCGGGGAGAUACAUUCGUGGAGCUCCUUUAGUGGACAAGGCAGGUGAAAAUCUUGAUUCUGAAGUGACUGUUGGAAUCGACGGUGGUGAAACCAUCUCAGAGCUCGCUAUAGCAAGCAACAAGACUGGGGAUUCGCAGGUUUCUUCAGGGCCUGGUUUCCGUGCUCGUUUUGUAGGGCAAGGAUACAAGCAAGUAUGUGGACGAGCUGAUGUGUGGGGUGAUGGAGUGGUCCCUGAGGUUUCAGCUCAUCUUGAAGGUGCACUUAAUGUUAGCUUCGAAGGUGUUUACCACUCGCCUGUUGGUUCAGACGAUGAAACAAGACCUUGGUAUGGUUCACCGGUUAUUGCAAAAGAAUGGAUUCACCACCUCCUUGAGUGAGUUUUCAGGUUACUGUAAAAACAUUCAUCAGAACUUCCUCAAGAACUUGUUAUGUUCCAUUGUAUCUAUCUCUUCACCCCAAAUACUCAAACUCUAAUCACACUAUGUAUUUAUACUCUCCACUUCCGAAGCCGUCAAGUGUAUUUCUCUCUGUUUUUUUUGGG